GCACGGAUCAAAGUCGGAGUUUCCGAGAUCGAGUGAACUUCACUUUGCAGACAACAGCUUUUUCUCUGAGGAGGGACAACAACAGCCUGGGAGUGUUAUUCGGAGCCUCAGGUAUUGGAAUUACCAUAGUCCCCGGUAUUAAGGCGCUGGACAUCUCCGUGGACAUGCCUGUGAUAUUCCGAAGCCAGACUACAGGUCUGAUGGGGAAUUUUAACGGUAAUCAGUCAGAUGACUUCAUCCUGCCGAAUGGAACCGUGCUGCCAAGCAACAUGACUGAUCGUCAGAAGUUUGAGGACUUUGGCUCUCACUGGGCCAUUUCCUCUAAUGAAUCUCUAUUUCGCUAUGAGAAUCGCCUCGGUCCUGCCAACUACAGCCACCCCGACUUCAAGCCAAUCUUUUUAGACGAGUUUUCACAGGAAGAAAGGGAUAAUGCGUCUACCGUGUGUGGUGGAAACGACACACUGGCCUGUAUCUACGACUAUCUUGUGACUGGAAACAAGGAGGUGGCCGAGGCCACCAAACAAUUCCAAGAAACAGCUUCUGAUGUCAACCUGGCAAACAGAAACACGGUACCUCAACUAAAUGCUACUACCAGCGUUAAUGCGACAGGAAACAUCACAAUUCAGAUUCAUCUUUUAGGAGAAGAUCAAGACAACGACGAAAUAACGUAUUACACUUCGGCAACCAUAUCUGGCAGCGUCCUUCUUGACAACAAAACGGGUCUGGUAGAAUACACACCAAACAUACAUGAUCCGGCAUAUCUCAGUUUUUAUGUAGUGGACAGUAAGAACGCUGCGUCAUCUGCAUUGGUGGUCCAGGUAGCAAUCUGUAGCGGGUGUUCUGAUAACGGUGUCUGUGACUACAACAAUCUGCGGAACACCAGUACCCAGGCUUUCCAGGUCGCCAGUUGUGUGUGUGACGUGGCCUGGACUGGUGAGGAGUGUGAUCAAGACCGUGAUGCUUGUCUUGAGAAUCCCUGUGUUUUCGGACAGAACUGCACGGAUCUCCCUCCUCAGGAGCAAGGUAAUUCCUCGAUAGGCUACAACUGCAGCAGCUGUCCUACUGGUUAUGAGGCGAACACUACAACUAAUAAAUGUCAAGAUAUUAACGAAUGUGACGACAGCACAAUGUGUGAUCAUAUCUGUAGCAAUACAGAAGGUAGCUUCUUAUGCUCCUGUAACCACGGGUAUCGCCUUGGUGUUGAUGGGACAUCUUGCCUCGACAUCAACGAAUGCGCAGAAAAAUCAGAUGGGUGCGUGCAAAUCUGCGCCAACUACCCCGGAGGUUUCAACUGCAGCUGUCAUUUAGGCUACAUUUAUCAGGAGAUGAACAAAACUUGUGUUCAAGAUAGUCAGACAGCAAUGAACUGUUCUAAUUUUAACUGUACCCAAGAAUGCCGAAUGGCGAACGGAACUCCAGAAUGUUUUUGCUUACAAGGCUACACUCUCUCAGACGAUAACAAAACCUGUAGUGACGUUGAUGAGUGUAAGCAGGAUAUCUGCAGUCAAGGAUGCAAUAAUACUGUGGGGAGUUUCACCUGCACGUGUUAUGUUGGCUACCAGCUGGACUCGGACAAAACCACCUGCAAUGAGUGUCCUGACAUGUACUAUGGACAGAAUUGCAACCAGGUGUGCAACUGUAACGGCCGAAACACGGGAUGUGACAAGGUGAGAGGUUGUAUCUGCGGCAGUGGGUGGACGGGGUCCUUCUGCGAGCGGGACAUAGACGAGUGUCAGACAACACCAAACAUUUGCGGCAAUGUCAGAGAAGUCUGCGUCAACACCAAUGGCUCUUAUAGGUGUGACUGCCAAUCCGGCUACACCAGAGGACCAACACAGUCUUGUAUAGACAUUAACGAGUGUGACCCAGUGAUAGGACUCAACAAUUGUACAUCCCUAGAAGAUUGUGUCAACACGGAUGGAUCUUACUACUGUACUUGUAAAUCUGGAUACCAAAAACCCAAUGGAAACUCAAACUGCACAGAUAUCGACGAAUGUGGAAGCUCGGACAUGUGUGAACAGAUUUGUGUGAACACAGACGGUUCCUACAACUGUGAAUGUAACUAUGGCUACAGACUCGAUGUUGAUCGUUACAACUGUUUGAAAGUGGCAGACCCAUGCAAGGACGAGGAAGGUCUUACCUGUGAUCAAGGCUGUACACUCCUUGAAACCAACAAGGCCAUCUGCUUUUGUCUGAGUGGUUACCGACUUGGACCUGAUUCUCAAUCGUGUGUCGACAUCGACGAAUGUGCAACCAUCAAUGGUGGCUGUUCCCACGCGUGUAGAAACACCCCGGGUAGUUUCCAGUGCUCGUGUCCUGUUGGCUUCCGCAUGGACAACGAUCGGAAAACAUGUCUCGGCAACUACUCGUCGACUGUGAGACUGGCUAUCAACAGAAUCCCAGCGAUCUGUGCAGAUACAGACGAGUGCCUGGACUUUCCCUGCAGUCAAACCUGUGAAAACUUUCCUGGAGGCUAUCGAUGUCUGUGUAAUCGAGGCUUCACUCUUGAUAACGAAGGAAAUUGCAAGGAUGAGGAUGAAUGCGCUUUGCCUACUACAAACAGAUGUCAACAGCAAUGUAUCAACACAAUAGGAAGCUACUUCUGCCAUUGUAACCAGUCAGGAUAUGAGCUAGACAAUGAUGGCUUCAGCUGUACAGCACGAGUCAAGUGUGGCAACAACACUUGUCCCAGCCUCAAUGGUGGCUGCAGCGUCGUCAACGGAACUGAUACUUGCUUCUGUAACAGUGGCUACUACUAUAAUCAGACAAUCAACAAUUGCACUCAGCAAGUAUUGAAUUGGUGUCAGCUUGCGGAUUGUCAGUACAACUGCUCAGAGAUUCAGGAACUUCCCCGAUUUCAGUGUCAAUGUCCAGACGGCUACCUGCUUAACGACGACAAGAAAACCUGCAGAAUGUGUGCGGCGGGAAAUUACGGGCAAAACUGUUCAUCUAAUUGCACUUGCGACGCUCAGAACACUGUCAACUGCAGCAACGUUGACGGCACGUGCACAUGCAAAACCGGGUGGAAUGGAACGAACUGUGAUAUAGACAUCGACGAGUGUGCACAAAGUCUUCCUACUUCUUGUGUCGCCAACUCCACCUGCUCUAACACCAACGGCAGCUACCUGUGUGUCUGCAACACUGGCUAUCAAAAACUUACGGAUGGAAACUGCACAGACAUAAACGAGUGUUCACUACAGAUAAAUAACAACUGCACUGGACAGCAUGAAAACUGCACCAACACAGAUGGCAGUUAUUACUGCGUGUGCAACGAUGGCUAUCAGUACAAUACGUCCAUGGUUUGUGAGGAGUGCACUGGAAAUACAUACGGGUACCAACUGCAAAGAUGACUGCCUAUGCAACGUUACUAACACUAAGGACUUCAUCAUGUUACUGCCUAUGCACCUGUAAACAAGGAUGGAAGGACUCACCUGUGAUAAU